AUGCUACCAAAGGGCUCAUCACUAGCUUCUCUGCUAGGUACGCUCACCAACGCCGCUCCCGUCGAAUUUGACCCAGAAGCACUCGAUGCCGAUCAACCUACUUCCUCCUCUCUUGCCAAUGGCAAUCAUUCGGCUUCCGGCUCUGGCAGCGACGAUGACGAAGACGAUGACAACGAUGAAGACCAAGAUACAGAGGAAGAAGAGGACGAGUACAUGAACCCGAGAGCACACUACGCCGAUGUAGGACCCAGCGACAUGCGCAAGAAGGCAGCGUUGAGCGAGAGCGAAAAGAUCAACGAUCCGAGGUAUCGAGGUGUUAAGAGCAGUCGUGCUGAGCUGUACGCUGACAAGGAAGAGGAUGACGAUGAUGAACAUGAUGACGACGACGAUGACGACGAUGACGACGAAGAGGAGGAGGAUGAAGACGAAGAUGAAGAUAUCUCUGAAGGCGACCAGGACGAUGACGCACCUCCCAAAAAGGCAAAGCAGCUUCGGUUCGCUCAAGAAGACAACGACGACGACGACGACUCCUCUGAGUCCGACAGCGACGCAGGCCAGGCAACCACAUCCAACAGCAUCGCGGCACAGAUCGCACAGUCCGCAUCGCAAGCCAAAGUGCUCAAAGCACGUCGAGUUCAAGACGCCGACAAGGGUCGUCAAGUCAGCAAGCAGAUCAAGACCUACGAACGCACGCUGGAAACACGCAUCAAGGCGCAAUCCGUCCUCCGCGAUGUCAAUCGUCUUCCUGACCCAGCGCUUUAUACUCAAGCCAUUUCGUCAUCACCCGCAGCCAUGGAGCCGGCGAUCACGGUGCUCGAACAGCUGCUCGAGCUGUCCGAGACGCUCUUCUCGCUUCGAACUCGCCUGCACGCUCUGUCUUCCGCGUCAGAUGCUGGCGAGGCAGGCGACAACAGCAGUGUGGUCGCGGCACCGACGACGAGAAAGAGGAAGAGAGACUUCGAUGUGACUGUGCCGGAGGACGACGAGGAAGCGCAACGCACCUGGAACGAGAUUACCGCACACGACCAGAUCGACGCUACCAUACAUGACAUUGUCGACUACACCCGCUCGCUCGAACCGCAACGGAGAAGCGUGCUGGACAAAUGGAGUCUGAAAGUCACAUCCGCCGCUGCCACCGCCGCCGCCGCAGGAAAUGGCAACAAAUUCACGCAGCUGCGCGCCGUCAACCAGCCUCCCUCGGUCCAGAUCGAUUCGGCGCUCUCUGGCGACGGCCUCCCGCGCCUGAUCGCACGCACGCGCGUGCUCCGCUCCGACACCCCAGGCGCCUCCAAGCUCGGCAGGCAAGCCUCCACACCACAGGACGACGACGUGCAGGAUGCGCAGGUGUUCGACGACACCGAUUUCUACUCGACGCUGCUCAAGGAGCUCAUCGAGCGCCGGUCGGGCGUGCUGAGCACCUCGGCAGACGGCGGGGGCGGCUCGGCAGCGCUCUUGUCCAUGGUCGCCGGUGGCGCGGGCAAGAAGAAGAAGGCCAGUGUGGACACAAAGGCAUCCAAGGGCAGGAAGCUGAGGUUCGAGGUGCACGACAAGUUGGUCAACUUUAUGCCGCCGAUCAGGGACAGGGUGCGGUGGGGCGAGGAGCAGAUCGAGCGGCUGUUCCGCCAGUUGGCGUCGAGCUCGAUGGGGGUCGUUGUUGCCGACGGCGUGGUUGGCGACGGGAAUGCGGAGGAGGCAGAAGCAGAGGCGGACUUGGCUGGACUUCGUGUGUUUGGUUGA